AAAUUAACCAAAAACGUAAACCAAAAAAAAAAAAACCUAAAACAAAUUAAGGAAAAAAAGAAAAAGAGCGAAAACAGAGAACAAGAAUGUGUUUUCACGCACGGUAAACGACUAUCGUCGUACUCGUUGCCGCACAAAAAAAACCCCAUACAUAACACAGAAAGAAAGAGUUCCUUCCUCAGUUAAGAAAACUAGAAAACGCCUUACCUUCGCUUUUGUAUCCGCCCCUGCUCUGCCUGCCCAACAAAAAAAAGACAUAUAAAAAUUAAAAAACAUAACCGCCGUCCUCAUGGACUCCGUGGCCGGCGCUACGUCGCCCACCACCUCCGCAACUGCCGCUCCGCCGCGCCCGCCUCCGACGUCGUCGUCUCCGUUCCCCGGCCGAGAAGACUGCUGGAACGAGGAAGCCACCUUCACCCUCAUCGACGCCUGGGGCGACCGUUACCUUGAACUCAACCGUGGUAACCUCCGUCAGAAGCACUGGCAGGAGGUCGCCGAUGCCGUCAACGAACUCCACGCCGGAGACGGCGGCGCCGUCCUAGGUGGAACGUCCACUACCACAACCAAGCGAACUCGCCGGACCGAUGUUCAGUGCAAGAACCGAAUCGACACGCUGAAGAAGAAGUACAAGAUCGAGAAGGCUAGGGUUUCCGAAUCCGGCGGCAGUUACCAGAGCCCCUGGCCUUUCUUCUCCCGCCUCGACAACCUGAUCGGAGAUACUUUUCCGGUCAAAAAACUCUCGCCGCCGGCUACCGGCCGGGGAACCCCUCCCUCCGCCGCCAAACUCUCACCGCUUCCGCCGCCGGCGUGGAUAAUCUCUCACCCCGUAGGUCCCCGAUCCGGAACUCAGAAACGUACGGCGGCGGUUCCGACGACGGCGCCGGCUAACCGGGAAGAUUCCUACUUCCGGCGGAAUUUCUCAGCCUUCGCAGCCGCAGCGGCUGCUGCAGCAGAAGCCAAGAGUGGAGAUUCCGAUGGCUGGAGGUCCAGCAGCGACGGCGGCGAUGGUGGUGGAAGACGGAGGAAGACGGGGGAAAUUGAGAUGAAAUGCUGGGAAGUUGGGUAUAGGGAACUUGCUCAGGCGAUUGAGAAGUUCGGAGAGAUAUAUGAGAGAGUUGAAGCUUCGAAGCAGAGGCAGAUGGUGGAGUUGGAGAAGCAGAGGAUGCAAUUUGCAAAAGAUUUGGAGUACCAAAGGAUGCAGCUUUUCAUGGAGACGCAGGUUCAGUUUCAGAAAAUCAAACGCGCAAAACGCACUUCUGACAGUUUCUCAUAGCAAGCGGUGGCAGAGGAUACUGGAAAUAUAGAUAUGUUUUUAUAUUUGGACAUGUCUCAGAUAAACAAAACACUCUCUCUCUCUCUCUCUCUCUCUCUCUCUCUCUCUCUCUC